AUGACUCAUGCACCUUUCGCUUUCAUCAAUAACAUCAAUGCUAUGCCUUCCAGCUCAAGUUUCAAAGCCAAGAGAAAGAGGAUGUCAUGGUCCAUGGACGAGGAAGAAAAUACCAAACAUAUCAGAAUUCGUUCACCCACACAACAGAACUCAUAUCAACUCCCUGAAUUAAUGACGGACCAUUCUAAUUCAGCUUCUGACGAUGAUCAAAUGAUGGAUCAAGAUAUGGAUAAUGAUAUGGAUAAUGAUAAUGAUUGCCAUAUGGCAAUGGGACAUUCAGGCGUGAAUAUGCAUCAAGAUGAUACCAGUGACUCUCACAAUCGUCAUAAUGAUAAUUACGUAUAUUCUUCUGGAGGAAGCGGUGGAUUCGGUUUUGGUCCAGGUGCAGAAGAAGAUGAAUUGGAAUAUGAGAUGGAGAUGAGUUCGAAUCGAUUUAAAUCUUCAUUAACACCUCAUCCUAACCCACAUCAUUUCUCUAAUCAUUAUCAAUCAUCUUUAUCAUCUCAUCAUCAAUACACCUCAAACAACAUGAACUUCCGAUCAACUUCUCCUUUAGCAGCUCAAGCUUUCUCACAAUCACUUCCUGCCCCUUCAAGUGGUCUUCUCCAACCCGCAUAUAAUGGUCCUCUACCCACAAAUGCAAGUGAAGUAGAAAAAGCUAGAAACAGUCAUGGGCCAGGAUGUAAGAGUAUACCAAAAUUGAUCCUCAGUGAUUAUCCGGAUAGUAAUACUGGAAGAAGAAGUAUGUGGAGCGUUUGCGGAGAUUGUGGCGCUUGUGAGAUGGCUCAGUAA